UCUGGCCCUCCACCACACCUGCUCUACCACCAUGGCACCCCUCAAGGUAAUCGCCGCCCUCAUUGUUGUGGCCGCCUACACCACGGCCGCCCCUUCUGACUUCUACCGCCCCGUCUACACCACACCACCGUACCACCCACCCCCAGUAUACACGCCCGCCCCGUACCAUCCAGCCCCAGUACGGUACCACACCCCAGCACCCUACCACCCUGAGCCCGAGUACAAGCCCAAGCCCGUGUACAAACCCAAGCCUGUGUACAAGCCUGAACCUGUGUACAAGCCUGAACCUGUAUACAAGCCUGAACCAGUCUACGAUGAGGCGCCCAAACCCUACGCCUUCGACUACGGCGUGAGGGAUGACUACAGUGGCACUAACUUCGGCCACUCUGAGAACUCUGACGGGAAGGCAGUGACGGGGUCCUACACGGUGGCUCUCCCCGACGGUCGCAUCCAGACGGUCAACUACGUCGCCGACGAAUACAACGGCUUCCAGGCGGAGGUCACCUACGACGCCCUACCCCAGUACAAGCCUUCCUACAACCCACAGCCAACGUACAAGCCCACCCCGAAGCCUUACCACCCACCCCAACCCUCUUACCAUCCCGAGCCUGUGUAUAAGCCUGCCCCUACCACCCCCCACCUACCACCCAACACCCUCCACCCCCGUCUACCAUUAAGUCCAGUAGGCAAUGUUAACCCGCAGUAUUCUCAUUAUCUCACCUCUUCAAGCUAGUGUUAGGCAGGUGUUAUACAGGUGUUAACUGCGUCACAACAAGUGCCACCAACACCUGUAUAACACAUUAAGCGCAGUCUAAAUAUUUUUUUGAGCCACUCUCAUUUCACAGAGUUACCUAGACAGUAU